AGUAGUAUUCCAAAUAUUGUUUAAGCAAUUAUUAAAAUACCGAACAUGAAAUAUUACGCAUUUUUGCUGUUAAGUGCUUCAGUAGUCGCUGUAUUUUGCGACGAAGAAUUUUACCAAAUUCCUGAGAAAUACCGAAACAUUGACAUUACAAAGGUGUUAGAAAAUGAAAGAUUGAUUCAAACUCAUUGUAAUUGUAUUCUAGAGAAGGAAAAUUCUAAGUGUAAUAACGAUGGGGAGCAACUGAAAAAAUACAUACCGGAAGCAAUUUCUAACAAAUGUAAACGCUGCACUGAAAAACAAAAAGAAUCUGCGAUUGUGGUAAUCAAACAUUUGAAAGCAAAUAAUCCAGAAAAAUGCUUUGAUCAACUAGUAGCCAAAUUUGAUCCAAAAAACGAACACGCCAAAGAAUUGGAAGAACUUCUAGUAUAAAAGAAUUUACCAAAAUAAACAACCUUAAAUUAUAAGUUUACAAUAAAUAUUUGUUGAGAAGAAUUGCUUGUUUCAGUGCAUUUCAGUUCAUUUAACCAGUCGAGGACGAGUUUGCGCCCGAGCGUGCGAGGGCUAGCUGACUAUGGAGUCUGACACUGGUCAACACUUACUCCUGCGUGAUAACGUUUUAUCUGCUCCCACAUCUAGGUUUCAUGUAAUAAAAAUACUUUUUUAAUAAAU